GUUACGCGCAAACAGAGAAACAGAGAAGCGGAAGUAGCUUUAGUCAAACCAUGGACAUGUCCAAAACAUGGUCCACAACGACAAACCACAUUUCUCUGCAUGUGGUGAUAGCCCAACAGUGAACAGGGGGAGGCCAUGGAGCACGAGGAGCAGCUGCGCUCGAGCCUGUUCCUCCUGACGUACGUGCUGCUGAAGCGGCGCAGGGACGUGUCCAGCGCAGAGAGCCAGAGGCGCACCGAGGUCCAGAGGCGCAUCAGGCAGAGGCAGUACUUUCUGCAGCGACAGCGGAGGAUGCUCAUGAUGAUGAUGGCAGGAGGGAUCCGCUCCAGUCUCCGCCUCCGCACCCGCCCCUGGUCCACUACCCCGCGCACUGAUUGGUGGGAGCGGGUUGUGAUGACGGAGUUCCAACCUACUGAUUGGCUGGAUAAGUUCCGAAUGAACAGAGAGACGUUCUUCUAUCUGUGUGAUAAACUACGACCCCGUCUAACCCGUCAGGACACCACGUUCCGUAUGGCUUUACCUGUAGAGAAGCGUGUGGCUGUUUCUUUAUGGAGACUAGCCACAAAUGUCGAAUACCGCAUUAUUAGCAGUCUGUUUGGCGUGGGCAAGUCGACUGCGUGUAAAUGCGUAAGAGAUGUGUGUCAUUCCAUAGUGGCUCUGCUCAGCUCAGAGUACAUGCACAUUCCGAGUGAACAGGAGCUGGAGGAGUCUGCCCAGAUCUUCUUAUCCGAAAGAGCAUUCCCGCACUGUGUGGCUGCCGUGGCAACCCUCCACACCUCCAUCAUGACCCCAUCCCAAAACACCUCGGACUAUGCCAACCCCGCAGGCUGGCUCUCAGUGCUUUCUCAGGUGGCUGUGAGCGGCCGGGGGCACUUCUGGGAUGUCUGUGCUAGUUUUCCAGGUGGGACUGAUCCAGCAGAAAUUCUUCAGAACUCCUCACUAUGGGCCACAGCUGAGGAGGGCGGCUUCUCUCCGAAUUCAACACCUACUUUUAUGGGAACACCUCUCAAAUACAUCAUGGUGGGUGAACUUUGCUACCCUCUCCGGACCUGGCUCAUCACCGCUUUCCGGGAGCCGAAGAGAAGAAGGCGUUCCCAGGCUUCUCCUCUUUCUUAUUCCCAGCGCAGAUUCAACCAGCACAUCCGCAGGGCUCUGAGGGUAUCCGAGGAGGCUCUAUUGAAGCUUAGAGGUCGCUGGCAGUGUCUGAGCAAGAGGAAUGACUGUGGCCUCGACGUCCUACCCACCAUGGUGCUGGCCUGCUGCAUACUGCACAACAUCUGCGAGACUCACCAGGACACCUUCAAAAAUGAGUGGAAAGAUGAAGUGGCUGAAAUUGAGUACCCACAGCCACGCCCACAGCACAAGCCACACCCCUCAGCCCCGGAUCAGUGCACAGAAGCAGAGGAAACGAGAAUGCUCUUUUGUGAUUAUUUUGAACAGCAAGAGCAAUGAGGAAAGUUGGCUGCUCUGCAAAGGUGAAUAUUGGAUAAUUCCUGAACAUGUUUUUGGACGUGUUACAUUUGAAAUGUUUGUUUUUACGUUGGUAUUAUGUUUGCAAGGGCAUGUUUUGAACACCAGGAGUAUUUCUAUUGGGAAAGGAUUGAAAUAUGAACUGCUAAACCAAUAGAAAUCACAUAAAUUCCAUAGUUUAUAGUAAAUUGUCAAACUAUAGGGUUAUUUGUUUUUCAUAAUACUGUAUAUUUUGUUGUCUGCUUAAAGGUUCUCAAAAUGGAUCACUGGGGUCCCUGGGCCAUGUGGCAAAAAUUGUGGUAGCGUUGAACAUUACUUGGACAGUACAAUUUCUAAUGAUGUAUACAACAUGUUUUAAUGGAAAUAACUACCCCAACAAAAUAAGGACAAUGAGAAAUGAAUUUUUCCUCCAGAUUUGGUUGUAAACAUGGUUUGAACUUCUGAAAUGUAUUGGGAUGCUAUGGUGGAGAAAGAUAGGGGGUCCUUAGGAUAUUUUUAUACCAAUGGGGCCCCUAGGAUAAAACGUUUGAGAACACCUGACCUAAACAGCUAGGCCCUAUGUGGUUUAAAUUCAAAUUGCAAUUUUCAAAGUAUAUGUAUAUAUAUUUUUGUAUUGUUUUUACAUCAAUUACAUUGACUUAUAGGAUCUACUCUCUUGCACUGUGCUUUGUUAUUUAUGCACAAUUAUAAUUUAUAAUAUCAUAAUUUACUAUUUCCUUUUACUAAAACUACUUGAACUCAGAAUAUAGAAUUUAAUUUUGUAAUUUUGACAAGUUUAUGGAAAAGAAAAUUUUAGCAUAAACAGUAAUAACACAACAGUCACUCAUUUUCCAUAGACCUUGGUGCUUUGCUUUUACUUUACCACCACAAGAUGUCGCUAGUCCUCAUAAUAUCUCAUUAAAAGGGUGCACAGAAUCAUCCCGUCCUUGAUCUGAUUGAUACAAAAUUCACUUGUUUUGAAGCAAUUGGUGCGUUGCCAUGUGUGUCACUAUCCUCGCUUGCUUCUGGCUACUCCGGUCUUGGCCACAGAACGCUAUGAGCUGCUCGGGAAAUGGGUGUGAGAUUUUUUUCACACAUUUGGUCAUCUGAACAAAUUGUACUGUCUGUUUUACUUAUUUUUAUUCAUUAUAUGGUCAUUGUGGGGACUGGGUUUCAUCAUUUUAAAAGUGUAGUGAAAUAAAUCAUAGUUUGUUUUGGGCGUUGUCUGUCAACAGAGGUGGGUCAUACUCAGUUACAUUUACUCAGCUACAUUUACUUGAGUAACUUAAAGUAAUUGUACAUUUCAGGGUACUUUUCUAGCAGCAUAGUUUUAUUCCUACUUGAGUGAUUUUUAUUGUAACAGUACUCUUACUUGAGUAAAGGUUGUGAUUACUCUUCCCACUGUGAGGUCCACAAGUGGCAAAAACUAUGUUGACAAUAUGAAAUUAUUUGAACAAAUAUAAUGUAGUUUUGCUUUUUGUAUAUUUAGUGCAUUAUUUAAUGUUUAGUCCUUCAAUUUGCAUUAACUUCAAAGUAUGAAUCAGAUGUUUCAGUUCCACAGUUACUCUUCAAGUUACUGUUACUAGAGUAGUAGUUUUCCCAAAAACUUUUUUACACAAACUUGAGUAAUUUCUUGGACAACUACUUUGUACUUCUUCUUGAGUAAUAUUAUGUUGAAGUAAUGUUAUUCUUGAAAUACUACAAUUUUUGGUUACUCUACCCACCUCUGUCAAUGCAGGCAGCUUUUGUAUGGUUAAGAUUCCUGACAUGGAUUAAAAAAAACAACAACACACAGCCCAGAUAAUUAAAAAUGUUUUCAUAUUCAGCCUACUUAAGGACAUAAGACUGUUGAGAGUCACUACGCAGCUGUCACUACCAGGUCAAGUUACUGGUUAGAUCUGUGGAUGUGAUCCCAGAAAGCAUGUUUUUCAGAGCAUUUUAUGUAAUAUCAUAGUGUGAAACAUUCCAAGGCAAGGUGUUAACAUCUCCAUGGAAACGAGCAGGUGCUGGACCCUGAAUGAAGUUACAAUGUGCACUGUACAUUGUGUCCUCAAGUCAAUGUAGGCUAUAGGCUAACUCUGUUAAAAAUCCUCUUAUGUGGGUAUUUUUGUGGACUAGACUCAAUACUUGGAUUAUUUCUUUGAAGUAACAAUACACGCACAACUGUCUGGCUACUACUCCUGUCACUGACUGUUCAUAAUUUGUUUUAUUAGUACUGAUUAUGCCAAUAAAGCAAGUAGGCUAUUUC